UGGACAACGUGGAAGCCCUUAUGGAUGUGUGGCUACGGCCUGUCUGAUAGCACGGUGGGCAUCAUAGGUCUGGGGAGAAUCGGACAAGCGAUCGCCCGCCGGCUAAAGCCAUUUGGGGUUAAGAAGUUUUUGUACACUGGCAGUGGCCCAAAACCGGAGAGUGCUGCCGAGUUUGAUGCUGAGUUCGUGCCGCUCACCAGGCUGGCCGAAGAGUCGGACUUCAUUGUGGUGACGUGUGCUUUGACUCCCGCCACCCAGGGAAUGUGCAACAAGGCCUUCUUCGGCAGGAUGAAGAAGACCUCUGUGUUUGUCAACACGAGCAGGGGUGCCGUGGUGAAUCAGGAUGACCUGUACAAUGCACUGGCCCACGGCCAGAUCGCGGCGGCGGGCUUGGAUGUCACGACGCCAGAGCCACUGCCCACUGACCACCCCCUGCUCUCCCUCAAGAACUGUGUGAUUCUGCCGCACGUCGGGAGUGCCACGUACGCCACGAGGAGCACCAUGGCG